CAGGGCCCCCGUGUGCCUGAGAGAGCGUGAAGUGUACGUUUGUUUGUGACACGGGCGGAGGAGCCGUCAGUGUCAUAUGGCAAGGCAGGGUCGGCCUCAACCGGUUCAGAGCGGAGUCGGCGCCUGAUAUCAGAGGCAGUGGCUGUUCGUGCACCAUUCCCCUCUGAACGUGCAGGCAUCGCACGGAGAGAACUGUGGGUUUCUACAGUGCACUGCCAGGCAGUUGAUGGAGUUCUCGCAGGAAGGAGACUACUGCCGUGCUCAGCAUCACAGCGUUUGAGCUCCUGGAAGGACUGCCCGCCGCCAAGACACACCCCACCCCCUGUCCACAGCGCCCUUUCUGCCUGACCUCCCCUGGACAAACUGAUGGGGGUAGCGAGUGGUGGCUCUGGCCGGAGGAACUCCACCCGAGCCCCACCAGAGCAUCAACAGGAGCAGACUGCCAGCACUGACAAGAGGCGGAGCUUCAUCCUUUCCCUGUGUCUGGGGGUCGUCGGCAGAAAGGGGGGGUGCUGUAGAGUCUGCACCACAGAGUUAGAAGGACACGAAGUCAAGCGGUUGGCGCUGUGGCUGCGGGAAUUGGCCCCCAAAGGCAGCUUCUUGAGUGCACACUGGAGAGGACACCAUGGCGCGGAUGAACCGGCCUGCCCCGGUGGAAGUCUGCUACAAGAACAUGCGCUUCCUCAUCACUCACAACCCUACCAACUCCAACCUCAGCUCCUUCAUCGAGGACCUCAAGAAAUAUGGAGCAACCACUGUGGUCCGAGUGUGUGAGGUGACAUAUGACAAGGCACCGCUGGAGAAGGACGGGAUUACGGUCGUGGACUGGCCUUUUGAUGACGGUGCACCCCCACCCACAAAGGUGGUGGAUGACUGGCUCAACCUGCUGAAGAGCAAGUUCUGUGAGGACCCUGGCUGCUGCGUGGCCGUGCACUGUGUGGCCGGCCUGGGCCGGGCCCCCGUGCUGGUGGCACUGGCCUUGAUCGAGAGCGGGAUGAAAUACGAGGACGCCAUCCAGUUCAUCAGGCAGAAGCGACGGGGGGCCAUAAACAGCAAGCAGCUGACGUACCUAGAGAAAUACCGGCCAAAACAGAGACUGCGCUUUAAGAACAAGUGCUGCAUCAUGUGACCUGGAGCAUGACUGUCGCCGUGGUUCGGACUCGAGCACUUUGAGCUCUGCCUUUUCCCCCCGUUACCCUUUUUAUUCUUUUUAGAUUUGACUCAAUGAGCCCCCUGCUGGCAGCACUCAGUCUCGCUGGACCGACCUCCUGCCGUCCGUCAGUCCGUUUCAGUAAAUGAAGUCCGUUUCGCCAGUUGAGUUGCCUUAGCGUGGAGGAUGAGCUGGCCAGCCACGCUUGACUGGCCCUCUCCUUACACACCUCGAGAUAUGAAGAAGCUCACAGUCUGUGGACACAGACCGCUGCCCUGAUGCGGAGACCACCGGCACGCCAUGCUGCGGAGCUCUUAGAGGAUGAGGGUGGGCCCGUGCUUCUGUGACCCAUGUGCUUUGACCGGCUCUUCCCGCCUCUCUUUGGACCUCGUGCCGUCCAGAGGGCGCUGGUGCUUUCGGUUUCCGUGCUUUCUGCGUGUGACCUGAGCAUGCACAGUGUGGAACCUUUUUGUGCCCCUCAAGGAAAGGAGGGUGAUUCGGAGGCAGCUGGGUUUAAUCAAUAUGGCCGCUCUUGGGGAAGGGGCGGGGCAUCUUUGUUUGUAACUGAUGCUUUUCUAAAAUUCUUUUCUUCAUAUAAAAGCUGCUCCAUAUGCAGAGAGGGGGAGCGGAGUUCAGAGGCGGGGGCCAAGUUCACGAUGGUGUGUUUUGGCCCUGACUGUGCACAUGUGCUUCUCAGGCCAAUACCCCUUCUAUUCAUUGAGAAGGCUUCGGUUGCCUUUGUGUCUGCCAUGAAAAUAGCCCACUGAAGAUGUUUAAGGCAUAAUAAAUGUUUAGAUGGUG